GGUAGACCUAUCGAAAGGAAUUCGAAAUCGCCACGGUGUCAAAGGGAGAACCCUCAGAAGGCAUGUCUUUGGAAGCUUCACGUCACCUGAAAGGGAGAUCGGGACGAUGUCGGAACUGUUGAAAGGGUACAAGGUCGUACUCGGCUUUGAUUCCCACGAACUACUCGAAGGGACGUUGCGGCCAGUCGCUUUAUGGAUUUUCGAGGUCCAGAUGCGAAAAGACUGACCGUGCGAUCGUUUGGACGGUCAACGCGCUCGACAAGCUCUUGAUGAGCUCAUUUUAAUCGUCAUGAAUCGACCUCAUCUAGCUGGCGAAUCGCAUUGAAUCGGCCAGAAUCUUCACUUGGGAACCUCUCCCUGGAAAUCAGCUCCGCCUUGCCGCUCAAUACUUUGAUCACAAUGUGUGAACUCGUCCCUUCCGUCACGUUGUACGGGACGACCCAGAUCCAAACGGUGGUCUCACUCACCUCGACCUCGACAUUCGACGUGACGAUGGAACCUCAAGUACACCUGACCACGAAUUUGAAUGGGGUUCCCUGUCCGCCCGGUCAACAAGACUGUCAAUUUAGUCAGACGGCUCUCGUCACGGACACGCCGGUCUAUCAAACGACUAAAGUCAUUACCACAUCUUCGACCAGCUUGAUCACUCAGGUGAUACCGCAGAAAACGCUCUACUACCCUUGUUCAAGCACUGGAGCCGGCGAUGGAGGUGAAAAUGCCGCUCAAGUAGAGACGUCAGCGGAUGAUCAUCCGCCACAGACCUUUUCAGAAGCAGUCUCAUCGUUCGCCACACCGGCAUCAUCGGCCGUUCCCACAACCACGAACGAUGUGACAGCCUCCGUCAUUGACUCCCUACAGAGUGUCUCGACCAAGCCUGCGGUCGGUCAUUCUUCCAGUCAGAAGAUCGUCAGCCCUUCAGCUUCAUCCACAAUCCUUGCCAAUCCUACCUCUGAAUCGUUGAUCGUCGCAUCCGCCACAAGGUCCAACCUGUUUUCAAGCAUCACCUCCUCAUUCCCUUCUGGAGGCACAGCAGUGCAGAACAACCAGGACACGAGCGGAAGCUCUGGCGCAAACGUACCGAUCAUCGCGGGCAUCGUUGGAGGAAUAGGUGUUCUCGUCCUACUGAUCAGUUUCUGCCUCUGGUGUCGUCGACGAACGAGACUCCCGGUAUCGAGAGACAGCGAACGAGACGCCUCUAGCAUCUCGACUGAUUUCUGGGAGAGAAGAUUCAGACAGAUCGAAGCAGAGGGUGAUGGUGAGGAUGUUCAGCACGGCGCAGGAAUGGAUGAAAAGGUCGUGGCGGAAGGUGGUGGAGUCGAACGAGUAGGAAGUAAGAAGAUCCGAUUGACGUUGGACCUCGGUUCAAAGGAUCUACCGAGUAGACCUGUAUCGACCCUUUCAGCCAUUUCCAGUUUCUUCAGAUCCCACAAAGGCACUGCACUCCCAUCUCGGGCCUCUCCAACCGACACCAACGCUCGCCCGUUAAACUUUUCACGACCUCGAUUUGGUCAAAAACGUGGUUGUUCCUCGUCUACUCCUCGCCCCUUAUCGUCAUCUACCAGCCGGAGCAGAUCGUCACAUAGAACUCAAGAGAGUGUCAAGUCUCUCAGUCGUUGGCUUGGUAAUUCAAGUGGGUUCCCAUUCGCGAGCAGAAUCCCAUCAUCGUCGUCAUCGCUGUCGUCUCCACCGCGAGUGCAUCAAGAACUUGUUGGCUCGAGAGAUCUUGUGGAAGGCUCGACGUCUCAACGAUCAGAAGAGGAUCCUGAGUACCUUGAUCGAUCGUACGAUCCGAAUGACCCGACAUCCGCUCGUAACCCAUUCAAUGAGCGGCAGUAUGCGCCUCCCCGAAUGACCACCGACGAGGAACCAGUUUACCCUCUGCAGCCGAACGAUGGGACAAACGAUGCUUCGGACUUCCAUAUCCACCCAGGGAUAGGUAUCAACUGGCGUCGCUUGACCCCUGGUGCCGCACCAUCCCUUUCAUCCAAAUACACUACCUCUGACAUGUCUCGUUCGACCAUGACGAGUGAAUCGUUCUCCUUACCCAUGAUGAGUAUACCUCAACGCAGUACGGUCGAUACGAUGAGUACUGGUCUCGUUCCAAUCUCAGGAUGCCAAACUCCUCCUCCUGCUCCUGCUCCACCUCCUUCUGCUUAUACUUGGGGGGCCCAGCAAUCCGCCUCAAAGUGGAAGUCACCAAGUACCUGUCGGUCAUCUUACAAUACUGGUUCUGAAGUUUCCAUUUCUGCCUCGAGACCAGUCACGCGAGAGUACGUCGGCAUUCCGACUGCCCAUCGCGAUCCCUCGAUCUCUUUCAAUCCGUCUCGUGAUACCGCGGUCGACGAUAGUCAAUCUGAUCACGUCGUGUCCUCCUCCGUCAUCCGUCGGCCGCCUCCGCCUCCGCCUCCGCCACUUCAAUUCAGCCGAGAGGCCAUCACUCCCAGUCUAUGGGUCGACGAAGAUGCCUAUGAUAGGUUCAGAGAAUGCCAAGGUAGAGACAUUACAAGUCUUCACCUAUCUGAUGAUUCUUUAUCGAUCGAUCCGGCGAUAGAUCGUGGUCAUGAUCAUGAUCGUGAUCAUGGGUCGGAUGACCGUGGUGAAACUCGCCAAGUGAGAUUCAGGACGUCCAAAGAGACUUUUGGUCAUAUCUCUCAGUCUUCGUCCUCGUCCUCUGAGCACAGACACGAUUCAACAUCGCCAAGAUCAAUAGCGUCUUCCUACCGUUCUCAGACGACGACCGCCACGGAGACCAGCGGUGCCUCAAUCACAUCUUCAAAAGAAGCUUCUGACAGCUCGGGACCCAACCGACUGAAGAGGAGCGCCGUCACUCCGCAAUUGCCACCUUUGAACCUCGGUGGAUCAACAGGAAUGCGCCUCGGCACAGUGGGAGAUGAAACGGAGGAAAAGAUCAUGUCUGUAUAUGUUGCCAAGUCUGAAGUUUGAUACCCCCCGCUUGAUGCUUGCCUGGGUCCCAUCAUGUCAUAUAGUCCCAGCUGAAAUGGAUGUGUUUUCGAGAAUGGAGUCUGACCUUCAAAAGGUCUAUGUCGUGCAUAACAACGC